ACACGGCUGUUCUUGUGUCUGCUCAGGACUGCUGUUUGUAAUGUGUCAGGGUCCACAAACUUGCUGCUGGGUCCCCUGAGUGACUCCAGAUGUCACCCUUGCUUUCCUCAGGAUGGCUCUCCAACCUUUUAUUUCUUCAAUUAUCAAAUCAAGGAGGGCAACUGCUCUGCUCAGAGUGGCCUCGCCUGGCAGGACUGUGACUUCAAGGACGCCGAGGAAGCCGCCACUGGAGAAUGCACAGCAACUGUGGGGAAGAAAAAAAAUAAGUUUUUCAUAGUCACCCAGACCUGCAAGAUUACUCCAGGUGGGUGGUACAAAUCCUCACUAAAUAUUUGUCUUGUACUAUUAACUUUACAGGUGGUAGCAGGAACUAAUUACGUUAUUGAGUUCAUAGCCAGAGAAACCAAAUGUUCCAAGGAAAGUAACACAGAGCUGACAGAAGAUUGUGAGAUCAAGCACCUUGGACAAAGUCUCAACUGCAAUGCUAACGUGUACAUGAGACCAUGGGAGAACAAAGUCGUCCCGACUGUGAAAUGCCAAGCAUUAGAUAUGACUACUCUGAUUCGAAGGAGGCCUCCAGGCUUUUCUCCUUUCCGGACAGCCAGAGUACAAGAAACAAAUGCAGGAACAACUAGGCUCCUAAACGCGUGCGAGUACAAAGGCAGACUCUCAAAGGCAGGGGCAGAGCCAGCGCCUGAGCGUCAGGCAGAAUCUUCACAAGUGAAGCAGUUGCCCCAGCAAUGACCCAGAGGGAAGGACCAGAAGAAUCCUGGGAUGUGUGGAGCGCGGGACCAUCGUCUUCAUCACCCUGAUCCUAGUGGAAAUAAAAUUCAGACUUGAUGAUUUUA